GGAUUCUGUAACAGAAAAAGGAAGCGAAAUGGAAAGGAUUUUAGCUUAAUUACUUAGCAAAUAAUAUUUUACAAAAUUAGUUAACAAAUGUUGAGUGUAUUAUGAAUAUUUAUAUUUGGGGAUGUCUAGGUUAUUGUUCUUGGAAAAAGGAACUUUCUGGCAAUACUCUUCCUCGAAUCGAUAAAAAAAUCCGUAUCGUACUUGCACUGUUUUCUUUUUGUUUCUGUAAUAUUUCCUUAGAAACGAGUGAUUAUUUACACAUUUUGGUUUAACAGAUAACUUGACAACGAACAGAACUAUAAUUUAUUGGUCUAAGGGCUUCUUCUGCAUAUACUUUAUCAAACUGCCUUAACAUGAAAAAAUCAAAGAAAAAAAUAUUUCGAAAAUAUGAAGAUUUUUAUAGCGUCGAUGAUCUACGUGACCCAGACACGUUUCCACGAAUUAAUUUGACAAUAAACGAUUUUGACGCGAGAGGUGGUGUGGUGAAUCCGCGCGCGCCAUGUUUGGUAACCACUAUCGAUCCAAAUUAUGUGAAGGAUGCACGCACCCAGCGUUUGGCAAGAAAAUUUCGAAUGAAAAGCGAUAUAUUACUUUUGCGCGAAAUAACACGCAAGAAGUUUAUGAUCUACUCCACACAGCAAAUGUAUUUUGAUAAAGAAUGGGAAAAGAAGCGCCAGGAGGAAGAAUAUCAAGAAUUGCUCGACUUUUAUGAGUUCACAGAGAAAUCACUACUAACAGUUGAAGCAAACGCAUUCACUGAAAUGACAGCAUCAAUCGCUAAGUGGCAAGAAAUGCAAAAAUGCACUUUAGCCGACGAGCUCAAAGCGACAAUCGAAGAUCACAGGCGCGCCUUGGUCGAGGCGCAUGAAGUGUAUCAGCGCUUCUUGUAUUUGCUUAAAUUAAUUGGUUACUUCGAUGAAAUCGACGAUGAAGUCACAGGAAGUGAGGGUAGCAGACUAGUUUUACCAAAAGAGAUUGCAGAACUUAAACCACAGAACGAAAGUGAUGCAGGCAUGAAACAAAUCGAGGUGGUUAAAAAAUAUAUGACGGCUGUUGUGCGUCCGUACUUGGCUAAGCGUAAUCACUUGAACGCGGAUGUGUGGCUGAAAGGCUUUGACUUAACCAGGAGUAAACUUUCUAAUUAUUAUAAACGCUACACAAAUUUGGCGCUAUUAAAUCAUAUUGCAGCAUUGGUAUAUGAAAAGUUUCAAAAGACACAGGCACGUUGUAAAAUUCCACCACCACUGAAGGAUCCUAAUUUUAUGAAAGAACGCGUUGCAGCUUUGAAAAUGCGUGCUGAAAAGACUUUAGCAAAAUAUGAGUGCAAACAGAAACAGGAUACAUUAUCUUUAAAGUUGAACGCCAUAAUACCUAUAAUACUAAGGAGCUUGCAGCGCUCUGAAUUUAAAGAAAAUAAUUCCGUCGCCGACCAAGCAAAGAAAGAUGACGAACAAAGCAUACGAUCUAUUAAAUCACGUACUGAAUCGGCUUUGAGUUCAUAUAGAGAUGAGCCAGAUAUAACGUUGGCAAAAAUUGAGGAAAUCCAGGCACAGCUGCUGUCGUUACUAAAUGACUUGGAUGGCAUGCCCCCUGACCUCUGCAAGGAAGCCGAGAAACGUGUAAGGCGACGUGUAAACAUGGCAAAGGAAAAGUCACGCCGCGCCUUGGUGGAGCAAACUCGGUUACAAAACUGGAUGGCGCAUUUUAAGAAACAUGAAUUGCAGCGGCAGAGGGAUACAGCUAUUUGUGUACGCCGCAAAAUAAAAUACGAAAAUUAAAAUUGAAAGAAUACACAUCUCAAAAUACAUAUACAUACUCAAAAAAUGUUUUUAAGAGAUUGUAGCUGAUUUCUACAAAGAGUAUAGUCGCUUACCUCACAUCUGUGCCUGCAAUGGCUAAGUAGGUACCACUUUGGUCAAAGCAUAGAUCCUUAACUUCAUAUCCAUCCUCCAACUGUAUUGUCUUGAAGUUCUUCAAUUUACGUAAAUCCCAUAGCUUAACGCAGGCAUCAUCCGCCGCAGUGGCCAAAUAGUAACCGUUUUCCGAAAAACUUAUAGCUGAUAUCGGUCCUGUAUGUCCUGGGAAAUUUGCAACAUUACUUUGUUCCUUCAAAUCCCAAAUCUUAACUUGUGAGUCGUCAGUUCCAGUGCCAAAAAUCAAACCAUCAGGAUGGAACUGUGCUGUCGUUAAACCUACCUCUGCGGUAUCAAUUACCUAAAGAUAAAAAAUGUAAAGAGUAUGUACGCAUUUCAAAUAAGUAUUAACCAUUUAUGUGGCAUUAAAUAUGAAAUCAAACCUUUGUCAAUAAACGUCCAGUACGUAUGUCUGAGAAA